AUGCCCCUACUCGAUUUUCCGCCUGGCGACAACGCCACGGAUACCAUAAUCAAUGGCGUUCACUUCAACCUGACCACACUACGGGAUUGGAACUACGAGUAUUACAGCAACCAGACCGUCUCCAAUGGCACGUGGGACUGGUGCAUGAUCAUGGCCGAACCAUGGACACCCACACGCAUCCUCGCAAACGGCACCUUCAUGAACUCGACUUGGUGCUAUACGCCGACGCACUCCAUCGGUCCUCGGGCUGGAGUGGGAAUGGGCUUCGCCGUCAUCUUCGGCAUCGGCCUUGUUCUCACCUUGGUCAACCUCGAUCGCCACGGGCGUCUACACCUACCCGUCGAGAAGCGCUUCUACCCCAUCGGCAGGAGAUGGCAGUGGUACUUCUCAAUCAUUGCGUGUUCCUUGGCCGUGGCCGCGCUCAUUUGCAACGUCGACGUGGAUCGCAUGUUCCUACCCGAGCUUCCAGUCGUCUUUGUUAGCUUCUUCUGGUACCUACUACAAAUGGCCGCCAUGGCCAUCGUCUGGGAGUCGGUACGCCAUUGGGGGAGCUGGAUGGAGCGUCAAUUUAUCGAUGCCGACCCUUUCUCCUUGCCCGAGGAUGGUAGACGUUACAGAUUUGAGCUUCUGAUCCCGCUUGUCUUCUACGCCUUCCUCUUCCUCAACUUCUUUCUCGUGUUUCCUAGGAACUGGGGUCCGCUUCAGCUGCAAAGAUCCCCCGAACAGACGCGACUCGAAGCUAUCCCCGCGGCUACGGAGCUCCGACUGAAGCUGGGGUCGUUUGCGCUGUUCUUUGCUUGGAUCGUCAUUCUGGUGUCUCUCCGCCACACGAUCAAUGAGUACCUGCCCCGUAACCGGGGGCUGCUGAACCGAGCCAUAGGUAUCAUCAAGCUCACGCCGCUCCGUCUUCACUUGUUGAUUCUCCUGUCGCUUGUUGUUGUCGCGUACCAAGCGUUGGUACCUUGGUCAUGGGAAAACUCGCCAAUGAAUAUCAAUGGCAACGUAGUUGCCAUUUACCUUGGCGGAUUCGUCCCUACCCUUCUCAUCGUUUACGUCAAUAUAGUUGCUGGUUUCAUGCGCCCCAAUGAGGACCAGGAGCUCAUUCGACAGAGACGGCGCCGUGGCGCAGAGCAUGAUGCCCAACUACGCAUCACCAAGAAGCCCACCUGGUGGCGGAGAGUGAGGGGCGAGAUCCCGCCCCCUAACGAGACAAUGAGAGAACGGCUUGCACGCAAUGCUCGUGAAGUUGGUGGAAGGCGUGUUGAUCCUGUCUUGGAGGCUGAGCUGGCAGCCGCUGGCUCGACAACCCAUCAGGCGCAGCCCUUCAACUCUUCUACGAGGUCGAACACGGUAGAGAUGGGCACAAUGCAGCGGCCAAAUAGCAAUGGCAGCAGCAACGGCAGCGAUCUCCCCUCGCCCAAUCCUUCCAGGCCAAGGCCAGAAUUCGAGGCAUACAUGGGAAAGUCUGACCGGCGGCGGAAUGAAAGAACCAUGGCCGCUGUUGCCGGAGUGCUUUUCCCCGCUUCUGCUAACGGUUCCGACUACGCCCAAAGGAGAGCCGAAUUGAUGACGGACGGUCCUCCCCCGCCACCUUAUAGGGACAACGGCGAAAGUCGCCGUCAACCCUCGGAGCGAAGCAUCAGCGUCGCCUCAAUGGCUCGCCCUGCUGAGCAACCCAAGAGCAUGCUAGAUGUUUAG